AAAACUAGCUUCCUGAGCUUGAAGUUUGCACCGUGUAAUUUUCAAAAAGUGGUUAUAUUUGUCAAAAUCAUGAAACUUAUGGCUGUGUAGGUGAAUUAAGCAUUUUAUUAACGUAGAUGUUGUCCAGUGUUCACGUUUGACUCUGGUGAGUAAGUUUGUCAAAGUUUGUGUAGUCAAAUCAAGAUCUAUUUGUGUUACUCGAAAUUGCAAGAGAAUAUAUGUUUAACUUACAUAUUCUAAUGUGAUUUGAUAUACACCGGUUUAGUUAACUCAGUUUACAUGAUUAAAUAGUAAAAAAUUACAUCUUCGGACGUGUUUACAUGAUUAAAUAGUUAAAACUUACAUAUUCAAACGUGUUUACGUAAGUUUGACCUAUUCAAAUUUAAAGUUAAAGUGGACACGAGAAACGUAUAGGAUGACCUAUUGUGGCAUAGCUAAUUCACACGUACCGAAGGGAUAGACGAGAUCACGAGACUGUGCUUCGAGAGCCAAUCCGCGACUUUAUUCUCCUCUCUGUACGUAUGAACCAGUAGAACUAUUCAAUCGAGUAGUAUUCAUCUAGCGGUCGCUUGGAUGAUGAUUCCGACCCAAAUAACUUGUUUGGUUUCAAAAUAAACUAAAAAUGAGUUAUUUGGAAAUUUGGAUUGAUAACCCAAUCCUAAAUAACAUGCUGCACAGUACAUAUGCCAGCUGACCUGCGCGUAGCGACCGGAGCCUUUUGCAAACAAUUCCCGCGUACUCAUAGGAACCCUGGCUCAAGCACAGCAAAUGGACGCGGACAAUGAAGACGGUACCACUCCUCAAGUUGGCGAUGAGAAGGGAAAAGGCCCCAUCAUCGUCUUGCUCGUCGGUGCUCCGGGAAGUGGGAAGUCCACUUUCUGUGAGCAUGUUAUGAAAUCGUCUUCCCGGUCCUGGGCUCGUAUUUGCCAGGACACUAUUAACAAUGGCAAAGCUGGGACGAAGCCUCAGUGCCUAAAGAGUGCAGCCACUGCAUUGAAGGAGGGAAAAAGUGUGUUCAUUGACAGAUGUAAUUUGGACAAAGAACAGCGUGCUGAGUUUCUGAAGCUUGAUGGUUCCACAAAAGAAGUGCAUGCUGUUGUGCUUGAUUUUCCUGCUCAGGUUUGUAUAUCCCGGUCUGUGAAACGCACUGGGCAUGAAGGGAAUCUUCAAGGUGGGAAAGCUGCUGCAGUUGUAAAUAGAAUGCUACAGAAGAAGGAACUGCCUCAGCUUACUGAAGGCUUCAAAAGGAUAACGUUUUGCCAGAGUUAUAGUGAAGUUGAAGCUGCAAUUAAGGUGUACAGUGCACUUGGUCCUGCAGAAACCCUCCCAAAUGGUUGUUUUGGGCAGAAAACCCCGAAAGCCAAAGUCCAACUUGGAAUCAUGAAGUUCUUAAAGAAAGUUGAGGUUCCUGCCAAUGAAGAUUCACCAUCAUCACAUAUAGUUCAGAUUCCUGUGCAUGAAACUGUUGACGUGGAAAAAAAUCAACGCCCCGCGGGACAAGAAAGCAGUUCUUUGUUGUCUGGAGGUGCUAACAAAAAUAUACAAGAAUGUCAGGACCCACAUAAGCACGUUGUUGAUGCUUCUGUGAGCAGUGUACCCACACUUGCAUUUCCAUCCAUUUCAACGUCAGAUUUUCAGUUUGAGAAUGAGAAGGCUUCUGAUAUUAUUGUUGAAAAAGUUGAAGAGUUUGUGAAUAAGAUCAGGAAUGCAAGACUUGUUCUUGUGGACUUAAGCCACAGGUCAAAGAUAUUGUCAUUGGUUAAGGGCAAAGCCGCUCAAAGAAACAUAGAUUCAAAUAAGUUCUUCACUUUUGUUGGAGAUAUAACUAAACUCUAUUCUCAAGGUGGUUUAAGGUGCAAUAUCAUAGCUAAUGCCGCCAACUGGCGGCUUAAACCUGGAGGUGGAGGUGUGAAUGCUGCAAUCUUCAAUGCCGCUGGUCCAGCUCUUGAGGUUUCCACAAGGGAUUGUGCAAAAUCUCUGCUCCCUGGACAUGCUGUAGCUGUUCCUCUCACUUCAGACUCACCAUUAUAUACCAGGGAAGGAGUGACCCAUGUUAUACAUGUACUGGGCCCGAACAUGAAUCCUCAAAGACCCAACUGUCUCAAUGAUAAUUACGCUAAAGGAUGUGAAGUUCUUCGUGGAGCUUAUACAUCACUUUUCGAAAGUUUUGCAUCUCUAGUGAAGACCCAGGUCACUGAAGUGGGAAUAAGUGGCCAGAAUCCUGCAGGCCUUAAAAGCCUGUCGUUUAUCACUGAGCAAAAGAAUAAAAGAGACAACGAGUGCAACUCUGAAAGGAGAAAAAAGUACAAGGGUAUGCAGGGUGAUGAAAAGAUGAGCGAAGAGAACAGAAGGAAUGUUGUUUCAAAAACUUGGGGUUCGUGGGCACAAGCUCUAUACGAUAUUGCCAUGCAUCCUGGGAGGCAUGAAGGUCAAUUGCUGGAGGUGUGUGAUGAUGUGGUCGUGCUGAAUGAUCAAUAUCCAAAGGCAAAAAAGCAUCUGUUAGUGUUGAGCUGCCAGCGAGGUCUUGACCAACUUGCUGAUGUGAAUCAAGAACACAUUGAGCAAUUGAGGACUAUGCAUUCCGUGGGGUUGAAAUGGGCAGAAAGCUUCCUGCAAGAAGAUUCAUCCUUGGUCUUCCGCCUGGGCUAUCACUCAGAACCCUCAAUGCGACAACUACACUUGCAUGUCAUUAGCCAAGACUUCGACUCGGGCCAUCUGAAGAACAAGAAGCAUUGGAACUCUUUCAACACUGCCUUCUUCCGAGAUUCGGUUGAUGUGAUGGAAGAAAUCAGCAGUCAAGGUAAAGCAACGGUAAGCAAUGAUAAUGAGAAGCAUUUGUCGAUGGAGCUGCGUUGUCAUCGAUGUAGGAGUGCACACCCCAACAUUCCCAGGUUGAAGUCGCACGUCAAACAAUGUCAAGCUCCAUUCCCUUCUCAGCUGCUCGAGAAUGGCCGAUUGGUAUUCCAAAGUAUUCUGUGACACAUGCAUGGCCGUUGGGCCAAAGGGACAUGUACACGUCGUCAUUGUCUUUGCCAACUUGUCUGGUCUAGGUUUUGUUCGGGGAAGGUGUUUCCUUUGCUGGCUGGCUGGCUGUUUUUGGUUUGUUGUUGCCGGGAAAUUUGGUGGACAUUAGUCCUUGGGAGCCAUUUUUGUGUUCAUUAAUCGUUCGGACCCCAGAAGGAAAGAAGAAAGGUUAUGGAUGACUAGAAGCAUAACAGAUGACAUUACUGGCUGGGGAAGGUGUUUUCCAUCCAUCGAUAUAUUUCAAACUCUCGAUUCAAUAUCAAACUAAACCAAAUUUUGUCCAACCUCAAUAUUUAAAAUUAGCGGUGUCAGUUCGUUUUGUUGUAAAUAGUAAAAUCGAUAAGAAACCAAAAACUCAUCC